AUGGGUAGAAUGUUGCCCGUUCCCCCGUUCCCGUUCCACACCAUCUUGUAUGAUUUCAUCACGGGCUUUCCCAAGUCACAGGGCCACGAUGCCAUCUUAGUGGUAAUUGACUCAUUCUCCAAGUUUGGGCACUUCAUCCCUACUUCCAAAAAAGUAACUGCCAAAGGCCUUGCAGAUCUGUUCAUCACCCACGUAUGGAAACUACACGGGUUACCAGUCAAAACUAUCUCGGACUGCGGAACCACUUUCACAGGGAAAUUUUUAAGAGCCCUCUACCAACGGCUUGGAGUCAAACCGGCAUUCUCCUCUGCGUAUCACCCGGAAUCAGACGGACAAACAGAGAGGGUGAACCAGUUCAUUGAGUUCUACCUCCAAUCCUAUGUAGCCGCCGAUCACUUGGACUGGGCCACUUGGUUACCCUUGGCUGAGUACGCAUAUAACAACGCCAGACAUGCAGCUACUGGGAAAACACCUUUUGAACUAAUAUACGGAAGAAACCCGGUGAUGAACCCAUCCAACGUCCCAUCUAAUGUGCCUGAAGCAGAUCAAGUGGCAAAUACCUUGGCCCAAGAAUGGAAAGAAGCCAAAGCGGCCCUAAGAAUGAGCAAAGAAAGGAUGACCAGGGAAAGAGGAACAAUACCCACAUAUGCAAUUGGGGAAAAAGUCUGGUUGGACGGAAAAAACGUGGAGCUCAGGACCAACUCCAACAAACUAGACCCCAAACGCCUGGGUCCCUUUGAAAUCACGGAGAAGAUCUCGAGGCUACUUUCAAAAUCUCACAAAUCUCCAAGCCAACCAUUCCCGGAACAACCUCCCCCUGAAACAAUUGAAGGAGAGGAAGAAUACAAAGUUGAGCAGAUUAUUGAUUCAAAAAGACAGCAAGGGAAGUGGUUCUACCUAAUAAAAUGGAAGGGUUACGGACCAGAAGACAACUCUUGGGAACCGGAGGAACUGUUGGAACACAGCCAGGAAGAGAUCAAACGCUUCAACCAAGCUAGACUCAGAAAGGCUUGUGACGCCGCCAAGAGCCUUUAA